AUGCAGUCAGCUAUUUUCUCGUGUCGUUCAUUCCCUAAUCUAUGUAAUUAUUAUCAGUCUGUGAAUAUAUUCCGUGUUCUGCUGGGUUGCCGUAAAUGUUGCUUGCAAACUAAGGCGUUUCAGCCACAAUUCGAUUUGAACUUGUUGAACGAUGAAAAGUUUGUGCAUAAUUUGCGUGCCAAUUUAGCGGCUCGUAAAAAUAAUUUAGAUAUUGAUUAUAUGUUAAAUGUUUACAAAUAUUAUGAAAAAGAGAAAAGUCAAAAAUUGUUAGAUGAAUUAAUGUCAUUAGUUUCUCAGUUGCCGAAUUUCACUCAUCCACUUACGCCCGUCGGUGACGCAACAAAAGCGCGAAGUAUAUACAUUCAUGGAUCUAAACGUCAAGAAAACUGGGACUUAUUAGAUGUAACCAAUAUUGCAUUAACAACAGGCCAGUCUUCCAGCCGUGAAAAUAAUGUGAAUCCUCAGGCUUUGUCUGUCAAUCCUGGAGGCCAUCUUCGUGUUAAGCAUACAAGUUGGGGUGCUGGACAAAGAACUUAUUAUUUUGGUGGACAAUUAGCCCUUUUAGAAUCAGCGCUGGUUGCGUAUACUCUUGAUCGUUUAAAAGGAGAAGGAUUUGGAUUUACUUCUGUGCCUGAUAUUUUGCCUGAACCUGUUAUCACAGCCUGCGGUUUUCCAACAAAAGGAAUCCGUUCUCAAGUGUACAAAAUAACUCCCCCACUGUCUAAUUUAACCUAUUGUCUCUCUGGAACAUCUGAAAUGUCACUGGCUGGAUUUUGUGCUGGUCGAUCCUUCAACUGUCCUUCAUCUAAAAAUAAUGAAUCAGAUAGGUCAAGUCAGAUAUCUGCUCUUGGUCUGUGUGCUGUCAGCCGAUGUUUUCGUAAAGAAGCACCUCAACAAGAACCGACACUAUAUAGAGUACAUCAGUUUACUAAAGUGGAAAUGUUUUGCGUUACUGCACCUGUAUUGUCAAUCAGUGAUGCAAUGUUUGAUCGAAUUAUUAAAUUACAAAUCUGCCUGUUUGCUGAUUUGGGUUUACAUUUUAGAGUUCUUGAAAUGCCAUCCGAAGAACUUGGUGAUUCAGCAUGCAGGAAAGUUGAUAUUGAAGCUUGGAUGCCUGGCGAUCAAAUGUACGGUGAGAUUUCUAGUGCAUCAAACUGCUUAGAUUACCAGUCGAAACGUUUAAAUAUUCGAUGGCAAACAUGUGAAAAUCAAAAUGAAUUCGCCUAUACCUUAAAUGGGACCGCCUGUGCAAUUCCACGUAUCAUGAAAGCUCUAAUAGAGACCCAUCAAACCAAGGAUAGACAGGUUGUUAUUCCUGAUGUUUUGAAACCUUACAUGAAAAUGAAAAGUCAGUACCCUACACUUCAAUUCAAACGUCUAACUAGCGAAUAA